UAAACCUCCUUCCUGGAACACACCGCGAUUUACAGAACAGGAAUUUACUGAGACAUUCAUAUAAACAAAGUUUUUUUUUUACUUGCUUUAUUUUUUUAAUUGGAAUAAUUUAAUGUCCUUUUUAUGAACAUUUGCGAGGCACAGGAAGACUCGGGAAAGUGCUUUAGCCAAUGAGAAUAGAUUUUGGAAGCAUCUGAUAGUAGCGUAAACUAACUGCCGCGCCAUGUCACACAAGCAGAUCUAUUAUUCAGACAAAUACGACGAUGAAAAAUUUGAAUACAGGCACGUCAUGCUACCUAAAGACAUAGCUAAACGUGUGCCUAAAACACACCUGAUGUCGGAGACGGAGUGGCGUAACCUGGGCGUUCAGCAGAGCCAGGGCUGGGUGCACUACAUGAUCCAUCAGCCAGAACCACACAUCCUGCUGUUCCGCCGUCCUCUGCCCACGACCAAACCCCAGUGACGGAAAGCAGGUGGAGAAGGCCUCGUUAGACACUGCAGAAGGAUGACAAAGAAAGAUGGAAGACAAAGUGCCGAUGAACUCUGGUGUUAAUUCCUUUUGAUUGUAAGAGGAAUAUGUUCUGCUUAUAAGGGUUUUCCAAAAUGUUCUUAUUGUUCCACACAUCUUUGCAUAAAUAGAAUAUUCAGACUGUUCUGUUUUUCACUGUAUAAUUUUGGUGAGAGAAAAAGCAGUCAUAAAGUAUGCUUUGCAUUUAAACAGUGAUUUAACUUUCUUUUUCGUUGUGUAAUUAUAGAACACUUUGCAUGUUGUUUAUAGUACUGUGAAUGUUUUUCAUCUUCCACUCAUUAUUUAUGAUCUUUUUUUAAAAUCUACUUUAAAAAAUAAACUUUCUGAAAAAUA